UGUUCCUUUCAAUUUUGUCAUUGAGUAAUAGUUUAAGGAACUUGCCUUUUUUCCUAUAUUCUUUACAACUCACUAUUUUCAGUAUCAUGAGCCAAUUCCCUGUUUCCUUUCCGUCAUUGACGGGUAUGAUUGCUCCUAACCCAAACCCACCUUUAACAAGUUCAACCACUAGCACCACUAAUGCGAGAUUAGUUACAAAUGGUAAUCACUUGCCUCGAAGUAAAUUACAAAAUGUACCUGCGUUUUUGAAUAAACUCUACAAUAUGGUUGAUGAUUCGUCCACCGACAGUUUGAUCAGUUGGUCUGACGAUGGCUUAUCGUUUAUUGUCACUCGUCAUGAGGAAUUUGCAAAGAAGGUUUUGCCUCGUUUUUUCAAACAUAGCAAUUUUUCCUCAUUUGUUCGACAACUUAAUAUGUACGGAUUUCACAAAGUACCUCAUGUCCAAAAUGGCUCCUUAAACUCUGGAAAUAGUGCAAGUGAAUCAGGAAACGGUGAAGCAGAACGUUGGGAAUUCAGUAACCCUCACUUUCAACGCAAUCAACCAGACUUGCUAUUGUUAGUGACAAGAAAAAAAGGAAGGGAAUCGGACGAGAAAGAAACUGGAACAGUAGAUCUUCAUCAUAUUCUGGAUGAAAUUGCUGCCAUCAAAAAGCACCAAGCAUCUAUCAGUAGUGAACUGAAGAAUGUUCAGAAUGAUACACAGCUUUUAUGGCAAGAAAAUAUUGCAGCUAAAGAACGUCAUCACAAGCAUCAGGAAACCAUAGAUAAAAUCUUGAGAUUUUUAGCAUCAGUAUUUUCAGGUGAUAAGAAAAAGCCUGGUGUUACUCCUCGAAAGCGUCAGUUUUUGUUAGGAGAUGCUGUCUCCAAUGAUAUUAUACCUGCAGCACCAGAAGGAGCAACAUCAGAAACAUCAAGACCAGCAUCCAAAAAUGCCACAAACAAACGACGAUAUUCAAAAAUAGAGGAAGUAGAGGAUGAAGAAGUUAGUGAACCCAUUCGCAAAGGUGCCAGAAAGCUGACGGACUCUAUUAAUUUAUCAGAUAACGCUAACAUAAGCAGUACAAACAAUGAAUGGCCUUUUCUUCAUUUGAAUUCUGUCCCCACUUCAUCUACGCCAGCAACUGACGAUCUUGCAGCCGCUAUUGCUUUAAAUAACCAAACAAAGAAAGAUUCUGCAGCCUCAUUAACGACACUCCCAUCCAAACUUACGUCAGGCGUAGCUUGGACGAUGCUAAAUCCUACUUUGACAACAGCACCCACACAACUUGAUUUAUCCACGUUAGUCAGUCUACCACAAUUCCAAGGUUUGGUCAAUUUGGCCCAAACGAACCCUGCCCUUUUUAAUCAAUUGACCAACACAAACUACUUUGACGUCCCCACUAGUAGUUCGACUUCUGCUAUUGCAAGCGAUUUUACAAAGAUUACAACAGCUGCAGCGCCAACAAUGUCGUCCUCCCCUCCUCCUACGCUUUCCGAUCCUGCUACAUCUGUUAGCACUCCUGUUAAUGCAGACACACCACUGGCAACACCAACCACGGCAGAAGAUUUGGAAUUAAGCUUGAAGUCGCUUGCUACCGAGCUAGGGUUUGAAGCCUUAAAUAGUCCGAUUAAUAGUAGCGGAUUAGAUGUCGACAUCGAUGAGUUUAUCAACACAUAUAGUAAGUAUUUUGAAACAGGAGAGUAGACAGAGCUAUUUGUUGAUUAUAUCUUUUUGCUUAUUACUAUUUUCAUAUAGCUCCACAGGCAUCUCCGUCUCUCACUACUGCAGCCGUGCCCAAUGCAGAAAAAGGAACCAGCAUUGAAUAAGCGCAACAGUUGGAGCGUUAUUUUUACCAAUGUGUCGAAAUCCUCAGCUGUUUAGAUUCUUAUUUGAGUACCUAUUUAUGCCCUUGUAGAUUUUCUUUUUUAAACGAUCCAUUCAACUGUGAUUAUAGACUGUUGCUUUUUUGCAAUGAUUGUAUCCAUUCAUGAUAAUUUGAUUCCGUUUGUAUAUAUAUUUAUCUUCACCAAAACCUAAUAAUAAAACAUUUGCCUGUAUAUCUCAGCUAUUACUCUAGUAUACGAAAACAACCAUUGCUUCUUGCGUUUCAAAUGCAUUAAAAAUACUUCUUUUUUUUUUUUUGUUGCGCUCGCUAAGCUACAU